AUGCCCAACCUUCCUCUAUCUAGAAACUGGCCAGAGAUUCGACAGGCUCUAGACCACGCUCGGGAAUGCGAAGGUCCCAUGAAUGCCCAAUCCGCCACCGUUUUGGAGGCUGCCAUUACCGAGCUCUGGAAUCGCAUUCAGGCCCAACCGGAUAGCUAUGUGCUCACGCGAGACGAGUUUGCCCUCUUUAAUUACUUCCUAGCCACGCGCUACCGUGGCUCACCUGUCGCCCAAAGAGCCGUGGCUCGUUUCUGGGACAACUACAAAGCAGCGACGAAUUGUGAUGUCGCCAACUAG